UGGUCUGUGACAUGCCCACUAGGGGAAUGUCAAGCUUCAUGGGAGGAGCUAAGAAACUGCAGUGACUGAUUCAGGGUUUUACUAUUGUUUGGUCUGCUCUGGCCCCUUUUGUUUGAUGAAGAAUAGUUGUCAGUGUGUGCAUUAAAAUGGGCAGCUGGCGCAAUCACGUACUUGCUCAACUUCAGCAAAGAGACCUAAAGGAAAAACUUCCAUUUGUUGGCGUUUUCUCAAGCUUGUCUCGUCUGGAAGAACAUUUUGAAGUUCGCACGCAGAUUUUGGAUGAUGUUUACCGUAAAAGAGGUGGAAUUGAUGUGGAGAGCAAUAACAGACUCCUUCUCCAGCUGAGGGAAAGUGAACACCUGGCAAACAAGUUGUCUCAAACAGUGUCAGAUCUGACCUCCAUCUUGUAUCUGAAAGAUGCUGAACUUCAGCACUGGCAGUCUCGGGUGUCUCAGUACCGCCGAGAAGCCCUCACCUUGACUAAAGAGAGCCACAACUUGAAGGCGAAUCUCUCCGAAUUUGAGUUUACCAUAGAGAGUCAGUCCAAAGACAUACAAGCCCUACGGUCGGAGCAGAAAAGACUGAAGGAAGCACUGGCCCAGGCUCAGGAAGAUGGAGAGCGACUGAUGGAGCGAUGGAUUCAGGGGAGGAGGGAGGAAGCAGACAGACUGAAUAAAUACAACGAUACACACGAGCGUGGAUUUCUGGCUUUUUCCAGGUGGCAAAAAGUGGCCAAACAUCUGAAGAAGCAGCUCCAGAGGGAGAAGGGAAAGGAGCGCGUAUCAGCAGCAAGACGGUCUUUAAAAGUUGGAAGGGAAACUCCAUCAUCUGUCAUUCAGGUCACCGUUGACCCAUUGGAUAUACACAAAGGACUACAGCCGCACCUCAGCUGCAGCAAAAGUCUAACAUCUCUACAAGAAUGUGGGGAAAGCCCACUUUGAUUUGUGGAUUAAUUGAAAUAACAGAAGUAUAAAUAACAAUUUAAUUUGCAGAUCAAUGUUUUUUGUUAAUACAAUAAAUA